CGGGGAAAUAGAACAUCGUUUCCUGGGCAGCUUCGGAUAAGACAGCUUUACAACAGUGUUCUUACAUAGCCCGUUAGCCCAUUAUCGUGAGGUUCAGAAAAAAAGUAAUGAUUUAUCUCUUGCAGGUAAACCUUAUUCCUGCUCUACAAAUAUUUUAUUUUUUUAGUCUUGAACUUCCAGAUGUAGUCUUGUCAGUACAUUCCUAGUUUUAAAAAUAUAUUCAGUACUAAGGAAGGUGCCCACUCCUUUAACUUUCUUGAGAGAAAAAUGAUAUUACAAGGAGGGUACUUGAAGGCAAGGAGCUUUUCCUUGUCCCACGGGUUGGUAUGAAGUCAGCGGGAAUGGAGGCCCUUUGGUGUUAAACAUGGUCCAGAGUUGAUGGCCAUAGAUUUAAUGUAAAAAAUCUGAAGCCUGAAUUCCUUUGGGAAAAGCAAGAUGUUUUUAUGAUUCUACAACUAACAAGGACUGGCUUUCCCCACCUGGUCUUGGCACCUUUGGCAGAAAAUUUGGGAAUGUAGUGUGACCUGAUUUCUCAGGCAGAAACCCUUCCUUUGAGUGAGGGAGAGCCCCUCACCAGUGCUGGGUGUCGUGGGAAGUCUGAGCAGAAGGAGCUCAUGUUGCCGUCUGGUUUUCCUGGACCCUUCUCUGAGUGUGAGGUGAACAGGGAUAGUUGCUGUGACAUACUCGAGCGCUAAGUCACAUCCUUUAGAGAACUGAGCAGAAGAGAACGUGGGCUUUGUGCCUACAGAGGUAGAUGGAGGAGACGAGACCAGCGCUGCGUCAUUAAAUAAAAAUUCACCAACUGCCUCUCACGCCUGAACCAGGGGAUACUGCGUGUCAGGGCACCAGAGUCCCUGCUCUUACCCCUGUUGCAGACCCUCUGAGCACUGGGGAACUAUCUUGUCGGGAGCUUUGAUUCCCUCUUUCCUCUUUCUUUCUGUUAGGAAAGAAGAAUACGCUGAACAGACUCUGACCUUUGGCUUUCAGCUCGCCAAGACCUUCUACCGAGCUCUCCUUUUGUGGCCCAUGUGCUGCAUCGUCUGCCCUCAGUGUGCAACGGGCCCCCAACGCAAUGUGUGUUUGUCAAACCAUGGAAGUGGGGCAGUAUGGCAAGAACGCGAGUCUGGCCGGAGACCGGGGAGUCCUCCUGGAGCCCUUCAUCCACCAGGUGGGCGGGCACAGCAGCAUGAUGCGCUAUGAUGACCACACUGUGUGCAAGCCCCUCAUCUCCCGGGAGCAGCGCUUCUACGAGUCCCUCCCUCCCGAAAUGAAGGAGUUCACCCCCGAGUACAAAGGCGUCGUGUCUGUCUGUUUUGAGGGGGACAGUGAUGGUUACAUCAACUUGGUGGCCUACCCUUAUGUGGAAAGCGAGACGGUGGAGCAGGAUGACACACCAGAGCGGGAGCAACCGCGGCGCAAACACUCCCGCCGGAGCCUGCAUCGGUCGGGCAGUGGCAGCGAGCACAAAGAAGAGAAGGCCAGCCUGUGCUUUGAGCCCUCUGAGAGCUCCCAGGAGGCAAAGACUUCAAAGGUGGAGCCACACAGCCAUUCAGAUGUCCCUUUCCAGAUGCUAGAUGGCAAUAGCGGUCUGAGUUCUGAGAAGAUCAGCCACAACCCCUGGAGCCUGCGCUGCCACAAGCAGCAGCUGAGCCGCAUGCGCUCUGAGUCUAAGGACCGAAAGCUCUACAAGUUCCUCCUGCUGGAGAACGUGGUGCACCACUUCAAGUACCCCUGUGUGCUGGACCUGAAGAUGGGCACCCGGCAGCACGGCGACGAUGCGUCGGCCGAGAAGGCAGCCCGGCAGAUGAGGAAGUGCGAGCAGAGCACGUCAGCCACGCUGGGGGUCCGCGUCUGCGGCAUGCAGGUGUACCAGCUGGACACAGGGCAUUACCUCUGCAGAAACAAGUACUAUGGCCGCGGGCUAUCCAUUGAAGGCUUCCGCAACGCCCUCUAUCAGUACCUGCACAACGGCUUGGACCUGCGACGUGACCUUUUUGAGCCCAUCCUGAGCAAACUGCGGGGCCUGAAAGCGGUACUGGAGCGGCAGGCCUCCUACCGCUUCUACUCCAGUUCCCUGCUUGUCAUCUAUGAUGGCAAGGAGUGCUGGGCUGAGUCCUGCCUGGACCGCCGGUCCGAGAUGCGUCUCAAGCACCUGGACACAGGGCUGCCUGAGGUGGCAUCACCCUGUGGCCCUAGCACCAGCCCCUGCAGCACCAGCCCCGAGGCAAGCUCCUCCUCUCCACCCAAGGUGGAUGUCCGCAUGAUCGACUUUGCACACAGCACGUUCAAGGGCUUCCGGGAUGACCCCACCGUGCAUGACGGGCCUGACCGAGGCUAUGUGUUUGGCCUGGAGAACCUCAUCAGCAUCAUGGAACAGAUGCAGGACGAGAACCAGUAGGCCCAGUUCUGGGCCCUCGGAACCCCUUCCUCUCCACCCGCAGGCAGGGACCAUUGAUCUGAACUCGCCGUGAGGACACACAGACUUGCUUUUAAAGGGUUAUAUUUCUCUUGGGUAUAAACUAAAAGAAAUGUUUUUAGCUGUAGCCUGGAAUCCAUAUAUAUAUAGAAGAGAGCAGAACACACAUCCUCUCAGCCAGGCUCCUUAGCUCUACAGCUCUGACUGCUGUGUCCAGGCUGACUUAGCAGAGGUGCCCCUGGUGGGCUUGGCAGCAGGGACAGGGUACCCUUGGACAUUGGUUUCUCUUGCCUAGGUUUUUGGGGUCUGUGGCUACAGGGCCCUGCUGAUUGUGGGGUGAAGCCCUGGGCUCGCGCAGGGCCCCUCCAUGCCCACCCAUCCCUUGUUCCUCAGAAGUAGAGGGAUUAGGUGCCCAUCUCUAGGGGACAUAUUCUAGUGUUGUGGGUGUCAGCCGCUCUUUGACUGAUGCCCCCAGGGCACUACAAGACCAGCUGUGCACAGCUGGACCCAUCCAACUCAGUUCUGUUCUUAGCAUGAGGCUAGAUUCAUGAAGCUGCGCUGAAGUCAGCUUAUGGCAGAGGGCAGGCCCCGGGGUUCCCAGGCCCCCUUUGGCACUUGAACCUGCUCCUUUUCCUGCCUGCACACCCCAGCCAGCCUUUCUCACCAAGAUCCCUUGCCUAAGGAGGCCACGCCCUCUUGCCCCCCUGCCAAGGAGAGUCAGUGUCCCAGCAGGCCUCAGGGCCUCUGGUGACUCUGGCGAGACAGUAUUUGCAGUUCUUGUGCUGUGGGGCUGGGAGUCCCCUUUCUCUGGUGUGGGCAGCUGUGCUGCCUGUGGAUGGGCUGCUCCUCCCAGGGCUCAGGGGCUGUGGUCCGCUCAGGGUCUCACCUUUCCCCAGGCCAAGCUCAAGGCAGCAGCCCAUUUAAGGAUCUCCAGGCUUGUCUGCACGUAGGGACGUUGUCUGCGCCCUGGGUGCAGGUGCCCAGGUAUUGCUGAGUUUUGUCUUACCAGUCCUGGAGUCCAUCAGUCUCUGUCCAUCUGCCAGCCCGUCUCGGGAUCCUUCCCCUGGGAUGUAGCCUUGUUCAUUAGUAAAUAUUGAUUUCCUUCAUGCUUUCCUCAGCAAAAUAUUCUCUCCCAUUUCUGAGGUGAGCUUUUGCCCCUGGCCCGUCUUCAGCAGGCGCUGCCUUUUUUCAAAGAACUGGUAGAAUUAAUUGUAGGAGGCAUUUCCCUGCUGGCCCAGCACCCUCUCUGUGGGCCUGGAGUGUGGCCCCUUCAACACUCAGUACUUACAGUGGUACAGUGAAGGCCCAAGGGGUGACCCCUUCUCCAUGGUCUUAGUUUUUGCUGCCAGCCCUUAAUGACACAGAGGCCUGCCACUUCUAAUACUUUUGGCCAGGAGGUGACACUGCACUUACCUAACCAUUGCCAAGGUUAGUGCCCUUACCUCUGAACCUAGGGGCCACUGUCAUUGUCACUUUGGGCAUAUCCCUGUUUGGGCAUUAAAGGUAAGCUUGCUAGACUCUGUGAGAAGCCUUGGUAACUGAUGGAUAACUUCCUGGUCCUGAGGCAGCCUCAUGCAUCUUAAAUGGGUUCCUUGAUGGAUCCCAUGUCUCAGCCCUCUGACCCUGGUGCCAGUGGUGGGCAGGUUCCCAUUCCUUGGGGCUGGGAGGGACAGCUUGCUUGUUUCUGGUCAGUAAUGACUGUCUUCUCUCCUGUACUGUUCUGUGGCUUCAGCCGUAGGGGCAGUAGCUCUUCAUUAGUGUAGACAGUCAUUUCCUGGCAAGGCAGAGGCUGAGACAGGGGCACUUGGAUUACCUUGAUUUGAACCUGCCCAGCCUGGAGGUGUGCUGUGCCUCCUGAGUUCCUAUAUUUUGGGAGCACAUGCCACCCCCUUCUCUUCAUAGCAAGAGGCUGUACCCACUUAUGUUUAGUGUUUUCCUGGCACUAAAAAGAGAAGGCCUGGGAUUUGCUGCUUCUCCCCCCAGGGUGGGUCCCCUCUUUUCAGCACUUUCGCCAGUUGGAGAACCAGCCCCCCUUUAUCCUGCAGGUGGUGGGCCUGUGUGUGCACAUGCUCUCCGCCCCUACUCUUCCUCACUGCUCUGCCAGAGUCCUGUGCCUGCCAGGCCCUGCCUUCCCAGCCCCAGCUUGGGACCAAAGUGCAGCGUGGGAUCACGGUUGGGUUACUCAAGUGACCCCUGUCCAUAGUGCUUCCUUGGGCCAAGUGACACAAGCCCCUGGGAGGUGGGAUUGGGUGGUGCUUAAAGAGGAAGGGGACCAGUAUAGCAAUUUGCCAGGGACCCCCACCCCUCCCUCACAUUGGGGCCUGUGCGGUGGGCGUGGGGACUCUAAGGGGCCAAAGGCCUAGGCUAGUUCAAUAGCCGCUGCUCACCUGCUCACACGCACGCCUCCUAGAUGCAGAUUGCUUUGAACGUCAACGCCCUUGAAUUUGGUUUUCUUUGUGCCGAUUUUAAAAAAUGGUUUAAUGAGGGGAAAAACUUGGAGGACCUUGGGAGGGUCCUUUGCUUCUCCCAGAACCGCAAGGCUGCGCCUCUGGGAAUCGCUUUUUUGCUCCACUUCCCUGUCCCCCAAAGCCUGCGCCGCUCUGACGCGUGGCUCCGGCCCGACCCCGCGCAGUUGCGCGUCUUCCCGACGCUGCGUGCGGGGGACGGGGUGCUUAGACCUGGGGCCGAGCCACCCCUUUCUGUCCACCUCGCGCUGCCCGCCCCGCUUGUGUCUGAGGUCGUGUAUGUCAAAAUAAAGCCGCUAGAAACUCA